CUGGCUUCCGGUUUGGUACCAAUGUAUGUGGGAGAGAUUUCUCCAACACAUCUCCGAGGAGCACUGGGAACCCUCCAUCAGCUGUCCCUAGUGAUUGGUAUAUUGUUUGCUCAGGUCUUGGGUCUGGACUUAUUCCUGGGCACUCGGAGCCGGUGGCCGGCGCUGUUUUGGGUCACCUUGAUCCCGGCUGCUCUACAAUCAGUUUUGCUGCCAUUUUGUCCAGAAAGCCCUCGUUUCCUGUACAUUGUGUGUGAGCAGGAGGGCCAGGCGCGGACCAGUCUAAGGCGUAUCACUGGCCUCCUGGAUGUCUCAGAAGCCCUCUCCGAAAUGAAGGAAGAGAAAAGACAGAUGGACUCGCAACCAAAAGUCUCCAUCCUGCAAAUAUUCCGUUCCCGCACUUACAGACAACCCAUAAUCGUGGCAAUAAUUUUGCAGCUGUCCCAACAGCUUUCCGGAAUCAAUGCAAUUUUCUAUUACUCCACCGACAUCUUCUCUAAGGCCGGGGUGGAGCAGCCGAUCUACGCCACAAUCGGUGCAGGCAUUGUGAACACAGCGUUUACGGUCAUGUCGCUUUUCCUGGUCGAGAGGGCUGGACGGCGAACCUUGCACCUUGUGGGUCUUGCUGGGAUGAUCAUAUGUGCAUUACUGAUGACGACUGCCAUGGUGUUACAGGACACCAUGCCAUCAAUUAGUGCACUCAGCAUGGCAGCCAUCUUCGGAUUUGUGGCCUUCUUUGAGAUUGGACCUGGUCCGAUUCCCUGGUUUAUAGUUGCUGAACUCUUCAGCCAAGGACCCCGACCUGCUGCUAUGGCCAUCGCUGGAUGCACAAACUGGACCUCGAACUUCAUAGUUGGAAUGUUCUUCCCAUAUGUGGUGGAUCUCUGCGGCCCCUAUGUCUUUCUUCUCUUUGCUAUACUGCUUUUGGGAUUCUUCAUAUUCACAUAUUUCCGUGUGCCAGAAACUCGGGGACGAUCCUUUGAUGAAAUCUCUCAUGCCUUCCGCAGAAACCACUCUCUGCUGGAACAAGAAGUGAAGGCCAGCACAGAGCUGGACAGUCUCGGUGGAGAAGAGGAAAUGUGAGGACCCAAAGCUGAGUAGCUCACUCACUCAUGGUCUGGCCCCUACCAUACAGCGCAUUCAUGGUCUUCAUAGUAAUAGCCCAGCUCUGCUGUCCGGCAGGUCCAGUGUGGCCGCUAAUCCAGGAGCAAUGGCUGAAUUCACUGCAGUAAACCUGAGAGGGGGCAGCAGUCUCCUGAGGACAUGGUGGAACGCACCCUGGUCAGUGGCACCAACUGCCCAUUAUCAUACGCCUCCAAUACACCAUCACCUGACCAGUAAUCUAUGGCUGGCUGCUGCUUACCAGUAAAUGCUAUGAAGAGCUAGAGCGUCCCCUAUUGGGAGAUGCAGUAAUCCCACACGGUGUGCUGUCCUGUAUAGAGGCCACAGCCCAGCGCUGUGCAUUGAGUGCUAUGUCACAAGUAUAUAUUGGUCAUGUAUAGAUGUAUAUAUGGUUGCUGUGUCAUUAAAAUAUCAAGCUCA